CCUGAAAAAUACGCACAUACCACAAUAAGAAUGAAAACAUUUGGUUUGAUUCCGCGAUUGAAUUAUUCCCAUCAGCUACGAGUGCUUCUCUCUCGCAGCUGGGGCUGUUUCUGGGUAACGUUACCGCUGCUGCUGCGGUGGCCGGAGCUGCUGGUCGCCGGGGAGGAGGUCGCUCUGGUGGAGGUUUUCCUGGAGCAGCGGCCCGGUGUCAGCGCUCUGCUCCAGGGGGAGGUGGUGGAGUCCAGCAGGGUCAGCGGGACCUCGGAGCACCAGGACGAGGACCGAGAAGAGCUGGAGGGAGAGCUGGUCCUGGUUCAGGAUGAGGAGACACAGGUGAGCGGAGGAAAAGGCGAGGACAACACCAAAGAGCAGGAGCUGUGGAUCGGGGUAGUGCCUGUGGAGAUGGACGACAGCAAAGCCUCCACCGGAAAUCAAGAGUCCUUUGCUGAUGCAAUGGUCAAUAAAAUGAAGCGAGCUUUGGUCCUUGGAGCGUCAGCGCUGAUCAUUCUGGCUCUCAACCAAAACACCGUCAGAGAGAUGGAUCUGUCUCAGGUGCUGUCCAAGCCCAUCAUUGUGAUCCAGACAUCUGAAAAUGUCACCAAGCUGAUCGGAGCUCUGCUCAGGGGUCUUCAAGCGACAGCAAAAAUCACAUACAAGACGAUCCUGCAGGACAACCUGGGAGCCACGCUCACGCUGUGGUCCAGCUGCGGCCGGUCGAGAGGAGGGCGCUACGGAGAGUGGCAGGGGGUCAUCUGCACGGGAGAGACAAACUCUCAGGUCCAGAAGUACCUGCAGCAGCUGUGGGACACUGUCCUCCUGGUGGCACUUAUCAUCAGCACUGGAGUCAUCGUUCAGGCUCGCUGGCAGUACCAGGACCACCAGCUGAACGACGACUUAGAGCUCCUUCCCAAACAGGACGUCCUGAAGAGAAUGUCGGCCCUGAAGAUCAAAAGGUAUCGUCAGCCCAAACCGUGGUGUGACCCGUCCCAGCCGUUAGAGACUGACAACUGUGCGGUCUGUCUGGAGCCUUUCAACAACAACCAGUGUCUGCGGGUGCUGCCGUGUCUUCAUGAGUACCACAGAGAUUGUGUCGACCCCUGGCUGCUGCUGCAGCACACCUGUCCGCUGUGCAAACGCAGCAUCCUCAGCAGCGUCUUCAAAGACAGUUAAAGGUCACCACAGCCUCUGGGAAUCAAGUCUCGUCUUUUCCUCUGUGACGCUCCAGUAGCCCUUUUUUUUGUUUUUGUUUUUUUUAAACUUACCUCAUGCCUCCUCCUUCCAGCAGACUGUGGGAUAAGAUAUAAGCUUCUCACAGCAGCUGGCCGGCCAUCUGGACUGUGAAGCAGUCAGAUUUGACGUCUGACAUUCGGGGUGUUUUCAGCAGGACAUAUGGUGGUAGUAUAAACACAAUACUAUGAAGUAUUGUACCAGUACUGUUGUGUGUGAACAGUACUUCUUCCUGGGAUCAUGUUACUGUACAAUUUGACUGUGACUUGAGGGUGAGGAUGUUUGUGGUCAAUGCAACUCUCCACACAAACAACAUCUGCUCUGUUUGUGCUGAGCAACAAUACAUUUGGCUUUUCAUCAGUAAACACUGAUAACCUGAGCGAGUAUUCGCGGUUCAGUU